CAGCCGCGGGCUGAGCGCGGAGCCGCGGCGGGCGCAGGAUACGGGCCGGGGCGCGAGCCGAGCGCAGUCUGCCGGGCCGAGCGGGCGGAGCGAGCCGAGCGGGGCCGAGCGCGCGGGCGGCGGCGGCGGCGGGCGGAGCGGAGCGCGGCGCGCCGGGGCCGCCGCCGGGGGGAUGCGGCUGCCUCCCCGGGCCGGGGUGUAGAGAGGGCGGGUCCCCGGCCUCGGGAGCGCGGCGGUGGAGGGGACAUAGGAGGCGGCCAUGGCGACCCCCGGCAACCUAGGGUCCUCAGUCCUGGCGAGCAAGACCAAGACCAAGAAGAAGCACUUCGUAGCGCAGAAAGUGAAGCUGUUUCGGGCCAGCGACCCGCUGCUCAGCGUCCUGAUGUGGGGGGUAAACCACUCGAUCAAUGAACUGAGCCAUGUUCAAAUCCCUGUUAUGUUGAUGCCAGAUGACUUCAAAGCCUAUUCAAAAAUAAAGGUGGACAAUCACCUUUUUAACAAAGAAAACAUGCCGAGCCAUUUCAAGUUUAAGGAAUACUGUCCGAUGGUCUUCCGUAACCUGCGGGAGAGGUUUGGAAUUGAUGAUCAAGAUUUCCAGAAUUCCCUGACCAGGAGCGCACCCCUCCCCAACGACUCCCAGGCCCGCAGUGGAGCUCGUUUUCACACUUCCUACGACAAAAGAUACAUCAUCAAGACUAUUACCAGUGAAGACGUGGCGGAAAUGCACAACAUCCUGAAGAAAUACCACCAGUACAUAGUGGAAUGUCAUGGGAUCACCCUUCUUCCCCAGUUCUUGGGCAUGUACCGGCUUAAUGUUGAUGGAGUUGAAAUAUAUGUGAUAGUUACAAGAAAUGUAUUCAGCCACCGUUUGUCUGUAUAUAGGAAAUACGACUUAAAGGGCUCUACCGUGGCUAGAGAAGCUAGUGACAAAGAAAAGGCCAAAGAACUGCCAACUCUGAAAGAUAAUGAUUUCAUUAAUGAAGGCCAAAAGAUUUAUAUUGAUGACAACAACAAGAAGGUCUUCCUGGAAAAACUAAAAAAGGAUGUUGAGUUUCUGGCCCAGCUGAAGCUCAUGGACUACAGUCUGCUAGUGGGAAUUCAUGAUGUGGAGAGAGCCGAACAGGAAGAAGUGGAGUGUGAGGAGAACGAUGGGGAGGAGGAGGGCGAGAGCGAUGGCACCCACCCGGUGGGAACCCCCCCAGAUAGCCCCGGGAAUACACUGAACAGCUCACCACCCCUGGCUCCCGGGGAGUUCGAUCCGAACAUCGACGUCUAUGGAAUUAAGUGCCAUGAAAACUCACCUAGGAAGGAGGUGUACUUCAUGGCAAUUAUUGACAUCCUUACUCAUUAUGAUGCAAAAAAGAAAGCUGCCCAUGCUGCAAAAACUGUUAAACAUGGCGCUGGCGCGGAGAUCUCCACCGUGAACCCAGAACAGUAUUCAAAGCGCUUUUUGGACUUUAUUGGCCACAUCUUGACGUAACCUCCUGCGCAGCCUCGGACGGACAUGAACAUGGGAUGGACAGAGGUGGCUUCGGUGUAGGAAAAAUGAAAACCAAACUCAGUGAAGUACUCAUCUUGCAGGAAGCAAACCUCCUUGUUUACAUCUUCAGGCCAAGAUGACUGAUUUGGGGGCUACUCGCUUUACAGCUACCUGAUUUUCCCAGCAUCAUUCUAGCUAUUUCUGACUUUGUGUGUGUGUGUGUGUGUGUGUGUGUGUGUGUGUGGGUUGGGGGGGGUGAGUGUGUGUGCGUGUGUCCAUUUUAAAAGUCAUAAAUUAAUUAAAACAGAUCCACUUUGGUCAGAAUGUGUCCCAACAAAGACCCUUUGAUUCCAGCUAUGGCCGAAUGAGUGAGUGAGUGAGUGAAUGAACACACGUGUGGGGAGGGGAGAAGGAAGUGCGUGUCAGGCAUCGUGUUGGCAUCACACAACAAACUGUGGAUCAGUUUUUUUUUUUUUUUUUUUUUUGGAGUUGAAAGUUGUGAGACAGUAUUCAGAAUAAUGAAGAUAAUAAUAAUGAUUAUUACAAUAAUGAUGAUGAUUCCAAGGAAAAAACCUACAGCGAAUGUUCCACUUCUACCCCGCACGCAGACACUCCCUAACACUGGUAACCUGAGCCCCCAGCACUGGACGGAAGAAUGCUGGCGUCUCCGUGUGUACUGGUUCAGGGUUCUGGCCCCAGCCUUGUCAGGACCCCCUGGUGUCCAGAGCCCCCACCCCUCCCCCAACAAGCAGCUGAUGCCCCAGUGAUUCUCUAUACAUUUUUCACCUCGGCCAAUAUGUCCAGGAAAACUGCUUACUUCUCUUUUCUUGCCUGGAGCCUUCAUUGUUACACCCUUAUGUUGCAAUAUAGGAAUUAAUGCUACAAAAUAAAAGUAAAGCUUAUCUGAAAAGUGCAUAGUUUGGGGCAAUGGUAUCUACAUCUCCCACUGUGGGAAAACCAGCAAAGCAUCAAAACUCUCAAUUCUGUUACCAAAUGCAGAUCUGAAUUAUAAGAUGUUUAUGUUUGACCAUUGUUUCAACAAUGGGAUUUUGUUACGAAUUAUCCCUUUAACUGAAACCCUCAGUUUUACUGUUUACAUUAUUAGGAAAACAGGGAUAUCUUUUGAAUCUAAAAAUUUGAUGUACAGCAUGUGAUUUUUGAAGUUUACAUGUAGAGUUACAGUAUAGGUGAAAUAACGUUUGUCAUAUUUUGAGACGUAUCCUGCAGUCAUGUUUUUACGUGAGUGUUUUAGUCAAAGUACAUGGUAGACAGUCUUUCACAAUAAAAGGAAAAGGAUUUUGUUUUCCUCCAAAUGUACAUUUAUCAACCUAAUGAUUUUUUUAAAAAGAGAUUUCGCCCCAGUCUGGUUUAUGAAAGUUCAUUGCCCUAAACUGUGCUGAUUGUUUCUAAUCAAGUUAUAAAUUUCCAACCUAGAUCAUGUAUCUGCCAGCUCUCCUGCAUUUUCCAAAAGGCAUUGAGCUUAAAUAUUAGUCUUGCUUAGAGUAGGUUAUCCACUUAUACGCUGCGCUAAAGCCAUGCCUUUGAAACUCCUUGUUUAAAACAUGAUAUGAUUUUUGUGGGCAGUUUCAGAAAAGAAAACAAACAAAAAUCUACCCUUUAAUUAUUACUUGCAACUCAACAGAUCUCCCUGCCGUACUGCCUUUUCCAGGAACUUUACUUCAGGGCUGUCCAGAUUGCAGUUGUGCCCAGUGUAUGUGGAUCUAGUUCACAGAGUCUUUGGAAGCCAGCAGUGCCCCCCCUAUACUGUCCACUGAUUUUAUGUAGAUUUGGUAUCCUCAGCAGACAAUGUUAACACCACUGUAACAUAGUGUACAAAUUCAUAUUUUAUGUAUUUAAAGUAAUCCAUACUAUGAUUUGGUUUUUCCCUGCACCAUUAAUUCUGGCAUCAGAUCAGUUUUUGUGUUCUGAAGUUCUACUGUGGUUUGACCCAAGACCACAACCGUGAGACCCUGAAGUAAAGAUAAGGUACACAUACAUUAUUUGAGUAACUAUUUCCUUGGGGGCCAAUCUGUGUAUGCUUUUAGAAGUUUACAGAAUGCUUUUAUUUUUGUCUAUAACAGUCUGUCAUUUAUUUCUGUUGAUAAACUAUUUGGACAGAGUGAGGACGUUUGCCCUGUUAUCUCCUAGUGCUAACAAUACACUCCAGUCAUGAGCCGGGCUUUACAAAUAAAGCACUUUUGAUGACUCACAA